UGGAGGAACAAGAAAAGAAAAGGGAGGGACAGGAAAUUUGUAAGUGGAGCAGGUAGGCUAUUUAGACCUGCUAUGACCUGUUUAUCCACUUCAUCAGUAGGCCUAUUAAAAAACUCAGUAUAGAGACUUGGAGGUCCUGUCCUGGGGGAGUUGUCCCAUUACAAUGUCAUACUGGGUUGGAAACGGCUUGAAGCACCUGUGUUGGAGAAAAGGGGAUCAGUGUAGUCAGUGGCUCUUUUGGUCCCAACGCCAUUUGCUGUGAAGUGGCAACCUACAUGACUGGAAAAGUGCAUCAUCAUCGGAGCUAUCGUUAAACACCCGUGUCUUGGCCUAUCAAAAAUAUUCCCUUGAGAAGUAAAAACUGCAGAGAUCUUGUAGUUGCCUAAGGGUUUUUAUAGUAUACAAGAAAAACUACAUAUCCCUGUAGGAGGGUUGGAAUAUACUUGGAUAUUAAUAAUCCCAUCAAGUACUGAUCCGAGGCAGUAAUUCUUUAGUACCACAGCAAGUGGCCCCUAAAGGCAUGUUACAGGGAUUUUUCAUCUGGAUGACAGUAGCAGGUGUGUGACUGAUGUGACUGGAAAUAUGGAUAUCCUGCCCUAACUCCCUCACAUCCUAAAAUAAAGAUAGGUUAACUGCAGGAUAAACACUAGUCAUGCACAGCCCUGCUCCUGAAAUUGUGCCAGGGUACCCAAGUGGAUGUGUGUCAGAUAAAGGUGCCAAUCCGGAGACAAUCCUCGGGAGUGCCUACUCUCCGGUGGACUACAUGAGCAUCACCAGCUUCCCCAGGCUGCCAGAGGACGACACCCUGUCUGCUGAACAGACCGUAAGAUCACGCAAAGAAGAUGACAACGUCCUGAGUGAGCAAGAUACAGACCCGGAUGUCUUUCUGAAGACAGCUCGCCUCCAACGUCUCCCCUCCUCCGCUUCGGACCUGGCUAGCCAUGAUAUUGCAUCCCUGCGGGAGACCACCAGAGACCCCUUUACAGAAGACUGUGCCUGUCAGCGAGAUGGACUGACAGUCAUCAUCACAGCUUGUCUCACCUUUGCCACAGGAGUCACUGUAGCUCUCAUUAUGCAGAUCUACUUUGGAGACCCACAGAUCUUUAACCAAGGGGCAGUGGUGACAGACGUGGCCCAGUGUACAUCUCUUGGCUUUGACAUUCUGGGGAAACAGGGCUCCAGCGUUGAUGCUGCCAUCACUGCUGCCCUUUGUUUGGGUAUUGUCCACCCUCACACUUCUGGUAUUGGAGGUGGUGGAGUUAUGUUGGUGCAUGACAUCCGUAAGAACGAGACGAGGGUCAUUGACUUCAGAGAGACGGCACCAUCAGCAAUCAAUGAGAAGAUGCUCCAGACAAACCUUGAUCUAAAUGCUGGCCUGCUGGUGGGAGUACCAGGCAUGCUCAGUGGGAUGCAUCAGGCACACCAGUUGUAUGGGAGAAUGCCGUGGAAGGAAGUGGUUACCAUGGCAGCAGAGGUGGCUAGAAAUGGAUUUAAUGUUACUCAUGACCUAGCUGAAGCUCUGGCCAAAGUUAAGGACCAAAACAUGUCUGAUGCAUUUCGGGAUUUGUUCCUUCCCAACGGCCAGGCUCCCCUCUCCGGGAUGUUUACCAGACGUCUUGAUUUAGCUGCCAUCUUGGAUGCUGUUGCAGUUAAGGGGAUAUCGGAGUUCUACAGUGGAAACCUGACGCAGGAAAUGGCAGCAGCAGUACAAGCAAGAGGUGGGGUGCUCACAGAGAAUGACUUUGUAAACUACACUACCGUUUUACAGCAGCCAGCAGAGAUAAUUUAUCAAGGACACCAUGUGAUGUCGGCCCCGGCCCCACAUGCAGGUGUUGCCUUGAUCACUGCUCUAAAUAUCCUGGAAGGAUACAACAUCACCAAUCAGGUGCCCAGGAACAACACUUUUCACUGGAUUGCAGAGGCUGUAAAGAUAGCGCUUGCCUUCGCUAGUAGGCUGGGAGACCCCCUGUAUGAACCUUCUGUUUCAGAGAUUGUCGCCAAGAUGCUGAGUAAAUCACAGGCUUCCCUACUCCGCCAGAUGAUCAAUGACUCUCAGACCUUUCCUGUCGGCCAUUAUGCUCCAUCAUUUACCUUGGAGAAGGGUGAAGCAGCUUCCCAAGUCAUGGUCAUGGGCCCGGACGACCACAUCGUGUCAAUCAUGAGCUCUCUGAACAAACCAUUUGGCAGCCGGAUCGUGAUUCCUUCAGGAAUCCUCUUGAAUAGCCAGAUCCUGGACUUUUCCUGGCCUAAUAAAACACAGGGCUCAUCACCUAACCCACUUAACAGCCUCCAGCCUGGGAAGAGGCCCAUGUCCUUCCUGAUGCCUACAGCAGUGAGGCCUGCUGUGGGGUUAUGUGGCACAUAUUUGGCUGUUGGAUCUUCCAAUGGAGAGAAAUCUCUCAGUGGCAUCACACAGGUGCUGAUGAAUGUUCUGUCUUCGCGUAAAAAUAUGAGUGACAGCUUAGCAUACGGAAGACUCCACCCGCAGCUGCAGCCCAACACCCUCCUGGUGGACUCUAGGUUUCUAGACGAAGAUAUGGAGAUGCUGCAGGCCAAAGGUCACAAGGUGGAGAGGAGAGAUGUUCUCUCGAUGGUGGAGGGCACCCGGAGAACCAAUGACCUCAUCAUAGGGGUAAAAGACCCCCGUAGCGCUGAUGCCUCCGCUCUCACUAUGUCUAACAUGCCCUAGUGUACCCCCUUGCCUCCUACUCACAUAUAAUUUAGAAAGGAUCAACUGUAACACUGUAUGAUCAACAGUUAGUAAGGGAGUAAGGAGUCUGAUCAACACCUAAUACACUAAACAUAAGUUAAUGGCAAAGUAUGGUUGUUUGACAGAAGAAACAGUCAACAAAAAUACACGCAGCUUUGUCAGAGAUGACCUUGUAGAAAUCUUGAUAUGAUGCUAUAGAUUUUUAUAGCUGACAUACAAAACUACAAAGUCUCACAUACCAAUGUUGGUAUGCCCUUUUCUCACAACCUCAAGUAACGUUCAGUUGCAGUGUAGAUAGUGUUCAAAAUGUAUGUCCAUCACUUAAUGACAUCUGUCGAAGUCUGCAGCCAGCCUAUAUUACGCAGAGCAGGAUCUGUUCAUAAAUUCAGAUCUGAUGCACUCCAGGUCCACUUAAAUGGAGCAAUAUACUCAAGAGGUUUAGAGUGGAUUUACUUUAAUAUUAAUAUUAGAGAAAGAUAAUACAGAAAUGUAAUGGCCUUGUGAAGCUAUUUUCACAAUGUUGAGUGAAAGCUAGUUUUUGGCCUGUGAGGUACUGAUGAGGACAUUCAAGAGUGUUGCACUCUUGAACUCUUGUUGCAUUUAGGAUCAGGAAUUCUAAUGAUGAACAAAAUGAUUCUUUGCGAGAGUGGGCAGGCAUAAAAAAGUAAUGAUGCCACACCAUGAAGUCACCAUUCACAACACGUGCAUGGUCCUCCACCUCUCUGCUUUUCAUCUCUUCCACAUUUCACCAACAUUUGAAAUAACGCGUACAGUCAUGUGAAAUGGUGAAGGUAAUACUAUUUAAACCACUGAUUAAGCCACACAUUGUCACACCUAAACUAGAAAAUCGCAACCCUGCUCUUUAUAUGGUGUGUAUAACUGUGGUGUUGUUUGGUACAGCUGCUGGAGUUUUAACUCUUACGAACAAUCAAUGGCUCCUCGGGACCGUGUUCAGACUUACAUUAUUAACACAAAAUACGUCAUUCAGAACUAUCCAUUGAUUUCCUUAUACAAGUGGAUUUGCUUCAGUUUCACAGGUGUUAAAUAUUGCUAAAGAUAGAAUAAGUGUAUUUAAAUAUAUAAUUUAUGAAAUUUUAGUUGUCGCAUGAUUUUGUUCUCAUUUAAUAUUUUAUUUAGAACUGGGUUACUUGUUUUUAGAAUGGGAAUAUUAUGAUUCUUUACUGAUGGAUUGAAUGUAAUCCAUCUAUUUUUAUAUGUAUAUUUGUUGGGCUGUAUAUAUUAUUUCUACUGUUGUAACUCAAUGCCUUCAAUCAGCUCAUUUUAGAAAAGUAUGUUGUAAUGGUUGUUUAUUUUUGUGUACUUGUGUAAUUAUUUUAGGUAGCAUAUUUGAAGUAAGAACAAAGCUUUUUUUAAUGCAUUGCAUUCUAAAUGUGGUUCAGUUGAAUUCAGAAUGGCACAUGCUGACUGAUUAAAUGAGCCCUUAACCUUUUAGUCUUCGUUGUUGUUGGGAACUAGUGCAAUAUGACUGUUAAUGCUUGUUUCCUGUACUGUAGAAUAACAUGCAUUCAGUUACGCAUUUGCACAAAACCUGAACCCGUUUGAUUUUAUCCAUGUGCAUUGGUAUCUGAUUUUAAUUCAAAUCAGCAUUGUCCAAAUCCAAGAAAUAAAAUGUUUGCACACACCCUAA